AUGGACCCAUAUGCUCAGAAGCGAGACAAUCGUAAGAAGUUUCAGGACAAGGAGAAACUAAAACGUAGGCAUGCGACUCCGAGCGAUCGAAAAUAUCGUGCUUUGAAUAAGACGACGGAGCCAGAACUAGAAGUGCCAGAGCUGCAAGCUAAUCAUUACCGAUACCAUGAAGACCUCUCAAUGACUUACCAGCAAGACGAGGACUUCGAUGCGAAAGAGACCAACCGAAAACUGAAGCAGGUGCUCCAAACCCGCAAAAACAACACCUCGAUCGACGACUCGCAUUCAAGACCCGGUCACGUGACUCGAAGAGAUCUGGAUUCGAUGUCGGUUUCUGAUCUAAACCAAUUGCUAGGCCAAAGGAAAGACUCGAACUCGGUGCAAAUCGCUGACACGGAGGAGAUCGUAAGCGAAAAGCCUGAUCGUUUGGAACCAAAACGUGAAAUUGCUGGUAAACGGAAAGAACCCAACCAAUCACGUUCGACGAUCCCUGUUGAUCUAGAGACAGACCAAGACCUGUUGGACGAGCUGAUAUAG